AUGUCAGGCAAUGGAACAUUUGGUCAAAAACUUUAUGAUGGUAAAACAAAAACCAUUUAUUCUAUGAUUAAUCAACCGGGAAUUGUUUGCAUUCUACAUAAAGAUGCUUAUCAUUGUUUUGAUUCGUUGAUAAAUGAAAGUAGUGGCAUCAGAUCACGUGCAUCUUCCACCACAAGUGUUGGUAGUACAAAGAAUAGUCGAAAACAGUCAAUGAUCAAAUCCUAUUGCAAUAUUCAGGGUAAAGGUGCAUUGAUUACUUCGAUUACUACAUGCGUUUUUGAAAUAUUACGUGAUGCCAUGAUACCAACGUAUUACGUUGCACCUUAUUCUCAACCGAAUAUAUUUAUCGCUCGAAAAUGUACAAUGAUACCUAUAUUAUGGAUUGUUCGACGUUUAGCUAGUGAGACAUAUAUUAAACGUUAUCCAGACAUUCGAUGUGGUCAUCGUUUUACACCACCAUUAGUCGAAAUUUACUAUAAACGUCAUCCAAUUAUCUAUAAAAAACCUGUUAUGCUGGAUUUGGAAACGUAUAUUGAGAUAGAUGGAACAGAGAGUAUUAUUGAUGAUGAUGACGAUGAAAACGAUGAAUCAUGUGUAAUUAUUUGGUCGUAUGAACAAUUAUUAAAUGCAAAAUUUGAUAUUGAAAAUAUGAAAAUAACACAGACAGAGGUAGAAUGUAUGUACGAAACGGUCUGUGCCAUUUUUGAUAUUCUAGAACAUGUAUGGCUAAUUGAAAAAAAUUGUCAACUUAUUGAUUUAAAAUUAGAAUUUGGUAUUACAACAACGAAAGAGAUUGUUGUAGCUAAUGUAAUUGAUAUUGAAACAUGGCAUAUAAUGAAAAAUGAUUCAUCACCAAAUCAAAAUCAACAUUUAACUAUGCCACUAAAUAGUACUGAUAGUGAUGAGGAUGAAUUAAAAACUAUCAAGAAAAAUAUUACAUGGAUUAAUGACUGUCUAAAAGAAAUUAUAGAUCUAAAUAAACAUUCAAAUACAAUGAAACGAAAGAGUAUUGUUCAACAACCAACAGUCGAUGAUGAUGAUGAAAUACAACGAUCACAUCCAGAAGCAACAUUCAGUCAACAAGAACAAACCUACUGGAAUAAAGAUGUUACAUUAAUCAGUGGUGCAACUAAAUCUGUUCAGAAUUGCGGUCGUUGUGUUAUUGUCUGUUCAAAUUCGAAAGAUAUUGAACAUGGUAAUAAAAUAAAAUUAAACUUAAAUGAUUCAGGUAUUCAAUGUGAUUUACGUCUUUGUUCUAUUUAUAAAUCAACACAAGUUAUUCUUAAACUGUUAGCACAAUAUACAUAUGAGCAUCGUCGUCCAACUGUAUUCGUUACCGUGGGUAAUAUUAAUAAUGGUUUAGCCAUGGUAUUAUCGGCUAAUUCUCAGUAUCCGAUUAUUCAUUGUUUUGUUAUGAAUGAUACACCAACGACAAAUAAUAUUUUUGAUAUUAAUUCAUUUAUUACGGAGAAUAUUUCGUAUUCAUUAGUAUUUUCAAUACAAAGUGCAGUAAAAAAUGUCAUGCAAAUAUUAUCGAUACAAGACUGGAGACUAUGGUGUAAACAACGUGGAAAACGUUUACGAUCAUACAUUGAUUUAUUAGUUGCCGAUCAACAAUUAAUUAGUAUGAGUUAUAAAACCACGUAA